GAGAGAAAUGAAGACUAGAUUGGAAUGAGAAAAAAGUGGAACAAAAAGAAGGAAAUGAAGGGAAAAUAUUCAUGCAUGCUGCCCAUAGUAAAGGUAGCAUAUGAAAUGGUUGAAUAUUUGUUACGUUUCUAAUAGUUCCUGAAAUCCUUUAAAAUGCUGGCAGAAAGUUCCCAUGAGAAGUGGCCACCAGGUGUCAUCAGAAGGCUGCUAUUGAUUUGUUUUUUAUUCUUCUUAAAAUGUAUAUGAGAAUUUUGACUUCUGCAACUUUUUUUUUUUAAACUGUAGCAGAGACUAUUUCAGUUAGAGCAGGAACUUUCCUUUGUGACAGAUUCCUGGUGAGUUAAUAAUUUAUAGGUAAAACUGAAGAUAAUAAAGUGACAUGUAACUUGUUUUUUUGAGUCAAGGCACAACUCGUCGAGCAUUUGGAUAAGAGUAGACACUAUAAACGGAGCUGCGUAUUUGAAAAUGGUGGCACAGUCGUCUGAAUGUUGAAGCCUUACUGUGGGAAGAAAUCCAAGACUCAUUUUCUUUCUCCACGGGACACAGUGCAAGCACUUUCAGAAAGAAAAGACAUUGUGCCUUCUGUACUCGAAGUUGUUUCAUUCAUGAGAGAAAUUCAGUCCCUGGGAUUUUUUGACCAGAGGGGAAGUCCUGGAUGGAGAAGAUCUAUUUAAAAAAACAUGUUGGCUCACCCCUUACAACGGAGGCAGAGAUUUUGUGUUGUUCUGUUAUGAGUGCGAAGUGAGUCACCACUGGCACAGAGAACUUCAUCAGCACUUUAUUAAUGAUGGAUACUGAGAAGAAACCAGAGAAUGAUGAGGAUGAAGAUGUAAACAAAGAAGCAAAAGACUCGAGUGAUGUUUCAUCCUGCCUUGUGGAUUGUGGGCCCGUGUCUGAUGUGAUAGCAAAUUCCUCUGAGAUCUCCACAAGCAAAAGAGGUUUUUCAGAAUCAUCAAACUCGGACAGUGCCGUUUUGGAGGAAGGCGGAAAUAAACAUGCUUCCAAACGAAUGAAAUUGGCCGAGGUGGAGCCCCUCAGAUCUGCAGAGCAAGGUGUUCAUGGGUUGGAAACUUCCCAGUGCUCACUCUCAGGAGUGGGUGUCCCGUCGGACGGGACAGGGAAGGGGCCCUCCCUGAACGACUGCUCAGAUGGAGACGCAAGUCUUCCCACCACCUUCUCCCCACUCUGCAAUUUUAGCACUGUUGAUGCUGUUUCUUUGAAAACAGACACGGAAGCAACACCUGCUCAGGAAACGGUUUCCCUGGACUUGGAAGGAGAACCUCCUUUUCCCACAAAAGAGAUUCGUGUUAGUUGUACUGUUGGUGAUGGAGAUUCAGUUCUCAAGUGCAACGUUUGUGAUCAUUCAUUUUCAUCUUGCUUUGAUCUGCAAAAGCAUGCUGCCUGUCACACGCAACAGUCUAAGGAGCACGCCUGCUGCCACUGUGGCCACCAAGCGGAGAGCAGCGCAGCGUUACAGACGCAUGUGACGCAGACACAUGGGCCACAGAAAGUCUUUUCUUGUGAUCUCUGUGGCUUUCAGUGUGGGGAAGAAAACCUUUUGAACGCACAUUGUCUGGGCAAAACGCAUCUCCGGCGUCAGAAUCUUGCUGCUCGUGGAGGAUUUGUACAGAUCUUAACAAAAGAACCUUUUCCUAAGAAACCAUGUACCAUCGGAACAAAAAAUGUUCGCGUAAAACCAAGAGCUUCUAAACCAAUAGCAAAGAAUGGUGAUUCAAAAGGACUAAGAAAUGUUGGAAGGAAAUUUAAAGAUUUCAGAGGAAGCAUUUCUAAACAAAGUGGAAGUAGCAGUGAGUUGCUUGUGGAAAUGAUACCAUCCAGCAAUACUUUGUCAGAAAAAGUAGAGAUUGUUGAAGAAAAUGUAACUUCCCUUGGUAUAGCUGGAAAUCCUGAAAACCAGAGUAAAAAGUUAGGAGCUUUAGCCACCUCAGAGGGUCUCUUAGAUAAAUUGGAAUCUACCAAAACUACCCCACAGACAGCGCACGGUGUCGGUCUAAACCCGAGACCAAGACCCGAGCGACACGUUCUCAUGUUGGGUGACAGCUUCCGACGGCGGACUGGCACUCUCACCUUAAAAGGCCAGGCAAAGAAAAGGUUUAAUCUGUUAGGAAUGAAUAAAAGAGGCACUGCUGAGACUCAGAGGAUGUAUAUGAAACACUUUAGAACACAGGUGAAGGCAGGAGAUGCAGAGUCCACACCUGAACACCUAGCUGCGAGUGGCAGUGUCUGCAGCCUGUGCCCGACUUCCUCAGAAACCCAGGGCCCGAAGCAGGACGGUGGGAACACCCACGUUGUGUGUUCCUUUGAGUCACCGACCGUGAGGGCAGCUUCCGACCACAAGGUGUGUACUUGUACAGACUGUGGCCAGAUAGCCACGAGUAUGACAGAGUUGGACGUCCAUGCGCAAAGGUGCCACACAGCAGAGGUGAAGUUUCACUGCCAAACAUGUGACUUUUCCAGCGUGUCGCGGAGGGACUUGGAUGAACAUUUCCACACCAGCCAGCACCAGCCAACCGCCUGUGUCCUCAGCUGCCAGUGUUGUUCGUUCAUUUCCUCGAGUGACAGAAGUCUUAGCGAGCACAUGAAGGAAAAGCACAGUAUGGGUUUUCUUUGCACUCCUUGUAACCUGUUCUUCUUGUCCGAGAAAGACAUGGACGAACACAAAACCACUGAGAAGCAUGCUCGUUUACUGGUUCAACCAAAGACUUCUCAACCAUUUAACAAUGAUGUGAUUUUACAGACUUUACCUUUGAGUGCUCUAGAGCUAGAAAACACAAAGGAGUCUGUGAGUGAGUCAGGAAGAGCCACUCAGGAGGAAGCAGCCAGGCCCCGGCUCAGCCACGGCAAUGAAGGAAGGCAUUCCAGCAGGCCCCAGUUCCAGUGUAAGAAGUGCUUUUAUAAAACUAGAUCGUCCACCGUUCUCACCAGGCACAUCAAGCUCCGGCAUGGUCAGGACUACCACUUUCUCUGUAAAGCAUGCAACCUUUAUUCACUGAGCAAAGAAGGAAUGGAGAAACACAUUAAGAGGAGCAAGCACCUUGAAAAUGCUAAGAAAAAUAAUAUCGGCCUAAGCUUUGAAGAAUGUAUUGAAAGGGUAUGUAUAGGUGCAAAUGACAAAAAGGAAGAGUUUACCCCUGCCAGCAGUGGAAGGACAGACGGCCAGCUAGACGGUGUGCAGUCCCAGGAGCGUUCCUCUCUUGAGAAGGGCAGACUCACUGCCAAGGAGCUGUCACAGCCUGGUGGAACCGCCAAAGAUGAUGAAUUAGCUUUGACCGCUACUCCAAAGAGAGGGAGACCGAAAGGUACUAUCUCACGGACAUGUUCACACUGUGGCCUCUUGGCUUCGAGUAUUACAAACUUGACUGUUCACAUUAGACGGAAGCACAGCCACCAGUAUAGUUAUUUAUGCAAAGUGUGUAAGUAUUACACCGUAACUAAGGGGGACAUGGAGCGGCACUGCACCACCAAGAAACACAAAGGACGGGUGGAAAUAGAAGCGAAUGGGAAGCAAAGUUCAGCUAUCAUCGUUGGGCCCGAAGGCGGUAACCAUGAAGCCUGCAGAGGGAACACCAGCUCAGCAGUGUCGGAUGAACAUGCUGGUAAGUCAAGGGAAUCAGAGCCCUCGGUUUCAGGACAGCCCGGGGAAGAGCAUGGGAGCCGCGCGGAAGCUGAGGCUGGCCGUGGCUUUCAUCGUGCGGAAGGGGAGGCUAACAGCCACCCUCCUGAUAAAAAGGAACAAGUGUCUCUAGAACCAGAGGACCUGAUGCGACAGGGGGAUGCCUGCUCCCAGAGCGAUGUCAUGGGUCCAGCUGACAAUAAAUGCACCCACUGUGAGUUUCACGCUCACUCUCCUGCUUCUCUAGAACUGCACGUCAAACGGAAACAUACGAGAGAGUUUGCGUUUUAUUGCAUGGCCUGUGAUUACUAUGCCGUGACUCAUCGAGAGAUGACGAGGCACGCGGCGACAGAAAAGCACAAGGUGAAGAGGCAUUCUUACCAGCACUCUUCUAACGCAGACGCAGGUUCUGCGGAAAUGUCCCCAAACAUCAUUGCUCCUGAGGGGCAGCAGCCACAAAGUCCUGAAGAAUUGCCAGUAAUUUCGGACCGACCACUGGAAACCCUUAAAUCUAGAAACCCUGCUGAUUGUUCAGUUUUAGAUGAGAGUAUUAAUUUAGACAUGUCCAAAGUACUCUACGCUCCUGACACUGUAGAAGUGGGGGCUGAGGAAGAGUCCAGUCUCAGUGGAGAUCAUUCCUUCUGUGAAACUUCCCAGCAGCCUCUUGCCAAGGAUAAAGUUAGCAAACCCAAGGAGAUGGCGUCCCUUAAUAUUUCCUCUAAUUAUGGCUCCCUGUGCACAUUUCAGGAUGAGAAUUCAGGAAGCUCAGCUUUGAAUUACGAGAUAGCAAAGAAAAACCACCAUCGGGUGAGGGACACCGGUGAGCCAGGAACGCAGUGUGAGAGCGAGGGAGGACACGCAGGCGACCCCGCAGGUGAGGCCCUUGGCAAACCCGUAGGUCCCGGAGUCCCAGGUGGCGUGCCCUCCGUGGACAGCGUGCUGCGAAUGGCAGCAGGACAGCCACACCCCGCCAGCAGCGGGCACGACAAAGCAGGCGACGUGCAGACCUCAGGGGAUUUGCAAGAAGUGGGAGGAGAUCCCGUCCUGGAGAAUAAGGAAGUGCUGAUGAAUUCACAACAUGAAACGGAAAUUAUUUUGGAAGAGGACGGUCUUGCUUCUGAUAGCACAGUGGAAAGUAAUGAUAUUUACGGAACGAUAAUCAGCAUCGAUGAGAAAGGACAGGCCAUGUACAGUUUGGGCCGGUUCGAUUCUUCCAUCAUAAGGAUAAAGAGCCCGGAGGACGGCGAGCCGAGAGACCAGUCUGAGGAGGGUCUGGGGGCAGCCGGGGUGAGACUCAGCGAGCCGCCCCUCAGAGACUGUGCCCACGGGGCGAAGAAGAGGAGGCCCGAGGGCAGCCCCUUCGCGGAGUCCACACGCAUCCGCUGCGACGACUGCGGCUUCCUGGCCGAUGGCUUGAGCGGACUGAACGUGCACAUAGCCAUGAAGCAUCCCACCAAAGAGAAGCACUUCCACUGCCUGCUGUGCGGGAAGUCCUUCUACACGGAGAGCAACCUGCACCAGCACCUGGCGAGCGCCGGCCACCUGCGGAACGAGCAGGCCAGCGUGGAGGAGCUCCCCGAGGGCGGCGCCACCUUCAAGUGCGUCAAGUGCACCGAGCCCUUCGACUCGGAGCAGAGCCUCUUCCUGCACAUCAAAGGGCAGCACGAGGAGCUGCUCCGCGAGGUGAACAAGUACAUCGUGGAGGACACGGAGCAGAUCAACCGCGAGCGGGAGGAGAACCAGGGCAACGUGUGCAAGUUCUGCGGGAAGAUGUGCCGGAGCAGCAACUCCAUGGCCUUUCUGGCCCACGUCCGCACUCACACAGGAUCAAAACCGUUCAAGUGCAAGAUAUGCCAUUUUGCAACAGCUCAGCUUGGCGAUGCCAGAAACCAUGUCAAAAGGCACCUUGGGAUGAGGGAAUACAAGUGCCAUGUCUGUGGGGUUGCUUUUGUAAUGAAGAAGCACCUAAAUACUCACCUACUAGGCAAACAUGGAGUUGGCACCCCAAAAGAAAGGAAAUUUACAUGCCACUUAUGUGACAGAAGCUUCACAGAGAAGUGGGCCCUGAACAACCACAUGAAGCUCCACACUGGAGAAAAGCCGUUCAAGUGCACCUGGCCCACGUGCCAUUACUCCUUCCUCACGGCGUCCGCCAUGAAAGACCACUACAGGACACACACAGGCGAGAAGUCGUUCCUGUGCGACCUCUGUGGCUUUGCUGGCGGGACCCGGCACGCCCUCACCAAGCACCGGCGGCAGCACACAGGAGAGAAGCCUUUCAAAUGUGACGAGUGUAACUUUGCCUCCACAACCCAGUCUCAUCUGACUCGGCAUAAGCGGGUGCACACGGGGGAGAAGCCGUACAGAUGCCCGUGGUGCGACUACAGGUCAAACUGUGCUGAGAAUAUCCGCAAACACAUUCUGCACACCGGUAAGCACGAGGGCGUCAAGAUGUACAACUGCCCCAAAUGUGACUACGGGACCAACGUCCCCGUGGAGUUCCGGAACCACUUGAAGGAGCAGCACCCUGACAUCGAGAACCCGGACCUGGCUUACUUGCACGCAGGCAUUGUGUCCAAGUCCUACGAGUGCCGUUUGAAGGGCCAAGGAGCCACCUUCGUGGAGACAGACAGCCCGUUCACCGCGGCCGCGCUGGCAGACGAGUCUCCCGUGAAGGACAGGCCGCUGCGGAGCCGGCGGCCGGCGGCGGCCGAGCAGGUGCAGCAGGUCGUCAUCAUCCAGGGCUACGACGCGGACUUCGCGCUCGACGCGUCCGUGGAGGAGACGGCGGCCGCCACGCUGCAGACGCUGGCGCUGGCCGGCCAGGUGGCCCGGGUGGUGCACAUCACGGAGGACGGGCAGGUCAUCGCCGCGAGCCCCGGCGGGGCGCACGCGGGCGGCGGGGCGCCGGGGCCGGUCCUGCCGGAGCAGCUGGCCGAGGGCGCCGCCCAGGUGGUGGUGGUGGGGGGCUCGGUGGGAAGCCACGGGGGGGCCGCGCCCCUCAGCCCGGGCGGCGGCGUGAUGCAGCCGGGGGCCAAGCCGCAGGCCCUAGACCUCGGCGACGCCGGCAUCCCCCAGCCCGACGCGGCCUCCGCCUUGGACGCCCUGCUGUGCGCCGUCACCGAGCUGGGGGGCGCAGCUGGCAGCGCCGGGCCUGACGAGAAAGGCGGGGCUGGCCACAGAGGCGUGCUGGUCCAGCUGCCCGGCCAGGAGGCGCCCCUUGCGGCCUCCCAGCCCGACGGCCCCGAGAUCCACGUGUUCCAGGACCCCGAGGAGAGCCCCGCCUCCAUGGAGCCCGUGGAGGUGCUGACCCAGGUGAUCCGGCCCUCGCAGGAGCGCGCCCAGGUGGCCUUCAGGAAGGUGGUGCAGGGCGUCCUGCAGUUCGCCGUCUGCGACUCGGCCGUGGCCGGCCAGCUCCUGAAGGAGGGCGUCACCCAGGUCAUCGUGAACGAGGGGGGCACCGUCCACAUGCUGGCCAGAGAAGGCGCGCAGAUCCUCAUGCAGGAGGCCGAGGCCCGCGGGCAGCACGUGGCGCUGGCCGACCCCGACAGGGAGAUCUCCCAGAUCAUCGUCACGGAAGAGCUGGUCCAGGCCAUGGUCCAGGAGUCGGCCGGCAGCUUCCCUGAGGGCGCCACCCAUUACAUUGUGACCGAACUGCCCCCAGGGGUGCAGGAUGAGACGGCCAUGUACUCUCACACCGUGAUAGAGACGGCCGACUCGCCGGACACCCUGCAGGCUGGGGCCGCGCUCGGCGCCGAGGCCGUGGUCCCCAGUGGAACCGAACAGUUGACAAGUAUGGUCAUUUAUACCCAAGAGAGCUCCCCGGCAGCCACAAUAAUUCAGAGCCAAAGAGAGAGUCACGAACUCCAAGAAGCCUAAGGCAGGAACCCUUGCGCUCGGCCCUGGGCAGAUGUGGAAAGACCCGGGACACGUGGGCACAGGGCUCCCGAGCAGCUGCCACUGCGGCGGCUUGGAGGAGGAACCCCCAGCACGCCCUCUCGGCGAGGUCACACCCAUGCUUGGAGGCACACACAGUCCAGGGACGCACCCGCAGAGGGGACCCCGUGCCCGGUGCCGCCAGCAGGGCCCGGGGACAGCGACAGAGGCAGGGCCCUCGCAGGCCAGAGCUGCUCGCCGUCCUGACUCUUUUGCUAACGUCCUUUCCCUCUGUUGUAACCACUGUGCUGAGGAGAACCUGAGUUUUCUUUCUGCGUUUUUUUCCCCCCACAAGUGCUUUCCCAUUUCAGCUAUCAAAGGACUGUGCCCUCAUGGUGGAAAUGUAAGAACUGUGUACCUGUGGCUUGAGACGCAUCUCCUCUUGCAGUCCAGCAUGCAGCUGUUUAAAAUUUUUAUUAUACAUUUGGUUAAAAAUUGCAGGUACAAAUGUUACCAUCUUGAAGUAAUCCACCCCUGUCCGUUUUUUGGAAAUGUUAGGAUCACAGCGUCCCCAAACCAAAGGAAGCCCGUUCGUUCAUCUCACGCGCCCAGCUCCUCUCUUCAGACGUGGCAGGUGCCUUCCUAGCUCUGGUUGCGUCCUGCUCAGAGGAAACCUUCUCAACCCCAUGGUUAGGAAAAGCCUUCAAGUUUAUAUCCAAUUAAAAUGUCCUUUGGUUAAGACAACCCGAUGCUUCUAAUUUUAACUUAGUUUCAUACAAUAAAGUCUAUAUAUGAAAUGUGCGCUCUGGAAAAUACUGUUCAUAUCAAUAUUUCACUUUUUAUAACAAAUGUUUGUUCGUAUCACUAUCACUUUGCAGGAUUUAUUUGUAAGUUAUGUCCGGGUGAGAGACUAAUGCUGACUGAGCAUAGGAACAGAAUGCCACACGCCUGCAGCCCUGGCCCUGACCUGACCCUGACCCUGACCCUGGCCUGACCACCAUCUGGAUUUGGUCGUGGCUCACUGCAACUUUGGAAUGCAAGUUCAUGUUCCAAUAAUUUGUUUCUUGAUAAAAUUGCUCCUCUUCCUUUCCGAAAUUGUAAAAUAAUCCCCUCCCCCCAACGCACAGGUUGUUUUUGUUCUGUUUCUAUUUUCUUUGAAAUAAAAUUAUAGCAUUG